AUCAUCGAGUUCGAGCUACCUAACCUCAAAAUCUCAAAUAGUUGCUUAACGUUAAAAACAGUGGCCGUGAAUUUGGCUUUUUCCGUACAAAGGAUAAUAAAAUGAAAGCGAUGGCACAUCAUUACGUCGUAACUGCUCACAAACCCACCGCUGUUACCGCUUGUGUGACAGGUAAUUUCACAUCCUCCACGGACUUGAACUUGAUCCUAGCGAAGAAUAUGCGUCUCGAGAUUUAUCUCGUCACACCUGAAGGAUUGAGGCCACUGAAAGAAGUCGGAAUUUACGGGAAAAUCGCCGUCAUUAAAUUUUUCAGACCACCGCACGAGAAAAAAGAUCUGCUUUUCCUCCUCACGACGCGCUACAACGCAAUGAUCCUCGAGUGUAUCGGCGAAGGUGAGGACAUCGAAAUAAUAACAAAAGCACAUGGAAACGUAGCUGACAGAAUUGGCAAAGCUUCCGAAACUGGCAUAAAAGCCGUAAUCGAUCCAAAAGCGCGUGUGAUUGGUUUGCGGCUCUACGAUGGCCUCUUCAAGAUCAUUCCGUUGGAUAAGGACAAUCCGGAGCUUAAAGCCUCCUCCAUCCGAAUGGAUGAGCAGCAAGUGCAGGACAUCAACUUCUUGCAUGGGUGUGCAAACCCAACGCUGAUCCUCAUCCACCAAGAUAUUAACGGCCGGCACGUUAAGACCCACGAAAUCUCCCUACGAGACAAGGAGUUCGUCAAGAUACCGUGGCGGCAGGACAACGUGGAACGUGAGGCAAUGAUGGUCAUCCCAGUUCCUUCUCCAAUCUGCGGAGCAAUCAUCAUUGGCCAAGAGAGUAUUCUUUAUCACGAUGGCUCCACGUACGUGGCUGUAGUUCCUCCAAUCAUCAAGCAGAGUACCAUCACCUGUUACGCAAAAAUCGACCAGCAGGGAUUGCGUUACCUCCUGGGGGACAUGGCGGGUCAUUUGUUCAUGCUUUUCUUGGAACAGGAAACAAAGUCCGAUGGAACAAUGGCCGUCAAGGAUUUAAAAGUCGAACUUUUGGGAGAAGUUAGCAUCCCGGAGUGCAUAACUUAUUUGGAUAACGGAGUUAUCUUCAUCGGCAGUCGACUCGGGGAUUCACAGUUGAUUAAACUCAUCACGAAAGCUGAUGAAAAUGGGUCUUAUUGUGUACCAAUGGAGACUUUUACGAAUUUAGCGCCCAUUGUCGACAUGGCAGUUGUCGAUCUCGAAAGACAGGGACAAGGGCAAAUGGUAACAUGUUCUGGGGCUUUCAAGGAAGGCUCUUUGAGGAUCAUCAGGAAUGGGAUUGGGAUUCAGGAACACGCAAGCAUCGAUCUGCCGGGAAUCAAGGGUAUGUGGGCUUUGAAAGUCAACGGUGGAAAUUUUGAUAACACGUUAGUUCUCUCCUUCGUUGGGCAAACAAGGGUUUUGAUGUUGAACGGGGAAGAAGUGGAGGAGACGGAUAUCCCUGGUUUCGUGUCUGACGAGCAGACUUUCCACACCGGGAAUAUCACAAAUGAUGUGAUCAUUCAGAUUACACCAACUUCUGCGAGGCUUAUCUCUAAUGAAACAAAGUCUGUUAUUUCUGAGUGGGAACCGAACAACAAGAGAACGAUAAGCGUUGUUGCCUGUAACGGAACUCAGGUUCUCUGUGCGACGGGUAAUGAUCUUUUCUAUCUGGAGAUUCACUCGGGGCAGAUUGUCUCCAAGGGUUUUGCUACUUUGCAACAUGAAGUCGCGUGUUUAGAUCUUUCGCCAUUAGAUGGCAACGCGGAGGCGCAAAUAGCUGCUGUUGGAUUGUGGACAGACAUUUCUGUGAGGAUUUUGACCCUCCCGAGUUUAGAGGAAAUCAAUAAGGAACUGCUAGGCGGUGAGAUUAUUCCCAGAUCUAUCCUGAUGACCUGUUUCGAGGGCACCACUUAUCUUCUCUGCGCCCUUGGUGACGGAAGCAUGUACUACUUCUCGCUUCAUAAAUCUAGUGGAAUGCUCGCUGAUAGGAAGAAAGUGACACUGGGAACUCAACCAACUGUUUUAAGGACCUUCAAGAGCCUUUCGACGACGAAUGUCUUCGCCUGCUCGGAUCGGCCAACAGUUAUCUAUUCUUCUAAUCAUAAACUGGUAUUUAGUAACGUCAAUUUGAAGGAGGUGAAUCACAUGUGCUCACUGAAUGCUGAGUCGUAUCCGGAUAGUUUGGCGCUUGCUACGGAUAGUACGGUUACUAUUGGAACUAUUGAUGAGAUUCAGAAGCUACAUAUCCGCACUGUUCCACUGGGAGAGUCGCCGAGGCGAAUUGCUUAUCAGGAGAGCACUCAGACUUUCGGCGUCGUUACGAUGCGAGUCGAUUUACAGGAAAGCUCUGGUGUAAGUGUAGUGAGGCCUUCAGCCUCCACCCAAGCAACGUCAACAUCAAGCAGCAGUCACGUAGCUCCUCACAACAAACCGGGAUACACGGCCAGCGAGAUUGGCCAAGAAAUCGAAGUUCACAACCUUCUCGUUAUUGAUCAACACACCUUUGAAGUUCUUCACUCACAUACUCUGAUGCCUUCUGAAUACGCGAUGUCUUUAAUCUCCACAAAAUUGGGCGAAGAUCUCACCUCGUACUUCGUAGUCGGAACGGCGUUCGUUAAUCCUGAUGAAACAGAACCCAAAAUGGGCAGGAUUCUGCUCUAUCAAUGGAGCGACGGAAAGUUGAACCAGGUUGCGGAAAAGGAAAUUAAGGGCGCUUGUUAUUCCCUAGUAGAAUUUAAUGGGAAGCUCCUGGCGAGCAUAAACAGUACUGUAAGAUUAUUCGAGUGGACAGCCGAGAAAGAAUUAAGACUUGAAUGCAGUCACUUCAACAAUAUAAUCGCCCUCUUUUUGAAAACAAAAGGUGACUUUGUUCUCGUUGGUGAUCUUAUGAGAUCCCUCACUCUCCUUCAAUACAAAACAAUGGAGGGCAGCUUUGAGGAAAUCGCCAGAGACUACAAUCCAAAUUGGAUGACCGCAAUCGAGAUUCUCGACGAUGAUACUUUCCUCGGCGCUGAAAACUGUUUCAAUCUCUUCGUCUGCCAAAAAGAUAGUGCGGCAACUUCAGAAGAAGAACGACAGCAAAUGCAGGAAGUUGGUCAAUUUCAUCUAGGAGAUAUGGUGAACGUAUUUAGACACGGUUCGCUUGUUAUGCAGCAUUUGGGAGAAUCAAGUACACCAACGCAGGGUUGCGUUCUUUUUGGAACGAUUAGUGGUGCGAUUGGACUUGUUACGCAAAUUCCCGCUGGCUUUUACGAAUUCCUUCGGAACAUGGAGGAUAGAUUGACGUCGGUAAUAAAGAGUGUUGGCAAAAUCGAACACAGUUUCUGGAGAAGCUUCAAUACGGAUUUGAAGAUCGAACAGUGCGAGGGAUUCAUAGACGGGGAUUUGAUUGAAAGCUUCCUUGAUCUCAAUCAUGAUAAAAUGGCCGAAGUCUCCCUGGGACUAAUGAUUGACGAUGGCAGUGGAAUGAAAAAAGAAGCGACUGUAGAUGACUUGGUGAAAAUUGUCGAGGAUCUAACUAGGAUACAUUGAACGUAAAAACUGGGAAGUGUUUUGUGAAUUAAGACUUUUUCAGCGACCCAGAAUGCACUUCAGCGUUCUAUGUUUCUCGUACUUUAGAACUGAUUUGUAUAAACGUGUUACUUUUUCUACGAGUAGCAACGCAGAGAUUCUGAAGUGCUUUGCUGUUCUUCGGUAAUUUAACGAUCCUCUGAAUUCGUCACAAACGAUAGAUUGCGUUUUGUGCAAGACACUGCCAUAACGGUGUCUUAAUAUCUUCUAAAAAAAAUGUACAGGAUGUAAAUUAUACCAUUUUAAAAGAACGGAAGUUUUUUUAGUACUAAGUAAGGGUUUUUUUCUGAAUUAAAUAUAGAGUUUUGUAUUGAUA